CCGGCCCGAUUCACACACCUGGCCGAGCUCUCGCUCCGGUGCCCCACCCCCUGUGACCCCCGUCUGACCCCAGGCGGGCGCGUAGCAGAGAAAAAGAAAGAGGGUGUCAAGCUCAGCCAGUGGUUUGUUGGUGUGAUGGUACCCCACUUGACACUACCCUUCAGGCGUCUCAUCUGGUCCUUGGCCUCCAGUCAGCUGGUUCCCAGAAGACACAGAGGACACAGCCUCCUGCAUACGGCUCCAGAGGCCCGCACGGAUGGGAUUGCCCCAGUGUUCCUCCGUGCCCUGGCCUUCGGGGACAGGAUUGCCCUUAUUGACAAACAUGGCCGUCACACCUACAGGGAGCUCUAUGACCGCAGCCUUUGUCUGGCCCAGGAGAUCUGCAGGCUUCGGGGUUGUAAGGUUGGCGACCUCCAGGAAGAGAGGAUCUCCUUUUUGUGUUCCAAUGAUGUCUCCUAUGUGGUCGCACAGUGGGCCUCCUGGAUGAGUGGUGGUGUCGCAGUCCCGCUCUACUGGAAGCACCCGGAAGCCCAGCUAGAAUAUUUCAUCCAGGAUUCCCGGAGCUCUGUGGUCGUGGUGGGCCAGGAGUACUUAGAGCGGCUGAGUCCACUGGCCCAGAGGCUGGGGGUCCCUCUUCUUCCCCUCACGUCUGCCGUCUACCAUGGAGCAGCCGAGCAGCCCGUAGAGCAGUUGGUUCCAGAGAGGGAGUGGCGUGACCGGGGUGCCAUGAUCUUCUACACCAGCGGGACCACAGGGAGGCCCAAGGGUGCACUGAGCACCCACCGUAACAUAGCAGCUGUGGUGACUGGGCUGGUCCACUCAUGGGCAUGGACAAAGAAUGAUGUGAUCCUUCACGUCCUCCCGCUGCACCAUGUCCACGGCGUGAUCAACAAGCUGCUGUGUCCGCUCUGGGUAGGAGCCACCUGUGUGAUGCUGCCUGAGUUCAGUGCUCAGCAGGUCUGGGAGAAGUUCCUGAGUUCUGAGGCCCCACGGGUUAAUGUAUUUAUGGCAGUGCCCACCAUCUACAGCAAACUGCUAGAUUACUAUGACAAGCACUUCACACAGCCUCACGUCCAGGACUUCGUGCGUGCCAUUUGUAAGGAAAAAAUUAGGCUGAUGGUGUCAGGCUCAGCUGCCCUGCCUGUCCCAGUGCUGGAGAAGUGGAAGAGUGCCACGGGCCACACACUACUGGAGCGCUAUGGCAUGACGGAGAUUGGCAUGGCCCUGUCCAACCCCCUGAUGAAGGCUCGCCUGCCAGGUUCUGUGGGGACCCCACUGCCAGGAGUGGAAGUGCGCAUCGUCUCGGAAAACCUGCAGAAGGGAUCCCCCUACACCGUCCAUGCUGAGGGGAAUGAGAGGGGGACAAAGGUGACCCCAGGGUUCGAGGAAAAGGAAGGGGAGCUGCUGGUUAAGGGACCCUCUGUGUUUCGGGAAUACUGGGACAAGCCAGAAGAAACUAAAAAUGCUUUCACUUCGGAUGGCUGGUUCAGAACAGGAGACACAGCCGUGUUCAAGGAUGACAGAUACUGGAUCCGAGGGCGGACCUCAGUGGACAUCAUCAAGACCGGAGGCUACAAGGUCAGCGCCUUGGAGAUCGAGCGGCACCUGCUGGCCCACCCCAGCAUCACAGAUGUGGCUGUGAUUGGCGUUCCGGAUAUGACAUGGGGCCAGCGGAUCACAGCUGUGGUAGCCCUACAAGAAGGACACUCAUUGUCCCAUACAGACCUCAAGGAGUGGGCCAGAGGCGUCCUGGCACCCUAUGCUGUGCCCUCUGAGCUCCUGCUGGUGGAGGAGAUCCCACGGAACCAGAUGGGCAAGGUGAAUAAGAAGGAGCUGCUCAAGCAGUUCUACCCCUCGCCUUUGAGACAAGAUCCUCUGCCCUGAAAGAGCAAGUUCUGUCUGGUUGGCAAUGGACCUGCAGGACAGCAGUGCCAGUAUCUAAGCUUAAUGACCUGACCUCACAGAGUGGCCACCAUAGAGUCUGCAAGGCUCUUUCUCCACCGUUUGGCAGCCCUGAGAUCCUGGCCUUCUCGUGGAUUGCUGCCUGCUGGCUGGGUGUUACUAACUCCUUCUCCAUCCACUGUACUGCUGCUCCACCGUCCGGGUUGGCACCCAGUCCAUCUUUGUAAUUCUCUCCCCACCUCCUGCAUGGCUUCCUUCAGUGAACAGUGAGUGUCUUCAGUGAGUUCCAUUUUUGUGAUUUUAAUCCAAUCUGAUAAACCAUGUCUUAGCAAGAUUAACCCAGUGAAUUUAGAACACCUGUCUUCCUGCAUUGGCUUCCUACUUCUUUUGUUGUAUUAACUUUCUUUGCAUUUUUCCCCUCUCAACCUAUU